UUAAUUAGUACAGAUUGUUUUGUUUAGUUUGCUUUUCAUCCCAAUCGAUGUACCGCUUUCUGGUUUUUCUAGCGGUCGCCUGCUUGUGCGUGCCGGUGAGAACCUCUCAAAGUUCCAAGAUCAACAUUGUGGAAUCCAGUCCGUCUGUUUUGCACCAGUCUAUUUCAGAGUCGACGUACGAUGCUUGGAAAAGGCUAAUUGGUGAGGCGGAAAAGACCAUAGAAAUAGCUUGUUUUUACAUGACAUUGACAGAUGGCGAGUCACUUCCGCCGGAGCUGCAAGCUGAUAAGGGGAUAGACAUUUUCAAUGAGCUGAUAAGAGCCAACAAAGAGAGGAAUGUGACCAUAAGGGUCGUUCAGCAGAAGCCCAGUUUAUACAUGCUAAACAAGGAUCUUGAGUAUUUACAAAAGACAGGUGUGGCGAGCGUUAGGGUGCUUGACAUGAAAAAAGUGAUGAAGGGGAUCGGUGGAAUUUUACACACCAAGUUUAUAUUGGUUGAUGGAAAGCACGGAUAUGUGGGGAGUGCGAACAUGGACUGGAGGGCGCUAACGCAGAUUAAGGAGCUUGGUAUCUUGAUUGAAAACUGUACGGUAUUUGCGAAUGACCUGUCAAAAAUUUUUGAGUUGUACUGGCUGGCAGCAGAAAAUCAAACGCUGCCAGCGGUAUUGCCGGACAGCCUCAAGACGAAUUUCAAUAUCAACAAUCCGAUGGUUUUGGAGUCUGAAGAUCGUGAACAAAUUCGUUUGUACAUUUCUUCAAGCCCGUUGCCAUUCGCGACUCAGGGGAGAGUGUUUGACUUGGUGGCAGUCAUCGACACGAUAAACGACGCCAAAGAGUUUGUUUAUUUUUCUGUUAUGGACUAUGGUCCACAGAGCUUUUACACAGAGCCGACGUUCUACUGGCCGGCGAUUGACACAGCGCUUAGAGAUGCUGCGUUUAGGAACGUUUCGGUACAUUUGCUGUUUUCGGUGUAUUUGCACUACAAAUGGGAGACGGUUCAACAUUGGGCGUCUUUGAAUGCGUUAGACAACGUCAGGGUUCGAAGUAUUCGGCUGCCGCAGAUUGAGGAGUUGUCUGUUCCGUACACAAGAGUGACCCAUUCGAAGUAUUUGGUGACAGACAAAGGAGGUUUCGUGACGACGUCGAAUUGCGCGGCGGAUUACUACCUAGAUACGGGGGGUAUAAGCGUGGUAUUCGUGGGUUCGUCGAUGGUCACGGAGGGGUUAAGAGACCGGUUUUUGAGGGAUUGGAGCAGUGAUUGGGCGAGUGAUAUAUAAAAGUACGGACAUGGUGCGGGUUUAGAGUGGUGAGUCUCAUUUAU